CACACAGACCGUUAGAAUGCCGCGUGCUUUUGGAAUUAUUUAGAGCUCACAGGAAGACAUAAGCUUAGAAUCUCGCGAAAAUAAAUGUUUAAGCCCUAAAGUGAUAAUUUUUAACACGGUAAAAUGUACGCAGCGGUUAAGCCACUCUCCAAAUAUCUGCAGUUCAAGUCGGUGCACAUCUACGAUGCCAUUUUCACGCUGCACUCGAAGGUCACGGUGGCCUUGCUCUUGGCCUGCACUUUUCUGCUCUCCUCGAAGCAGUAUUUCGGGGAUCCCAUCCAGUGUUUGGGCAACAAGGACAUGGACUUCGUGCACGCCUUCUGCUGGAUUUACGGGGCCUAUGUGCACGGCAAUGAGACCAUGGAGCCUCUGAAAAACGGGGCAGCGCAGUGCCGACCUGAUACCAUGGGCACUGUUCCCAUGGAUAAGCGCCGCUACAUCAUCUACUACCAGUGGGUGGUGCUAGUCCUGCUCCUCGAGUCCUUCGUGUUCUAUUUGCCCGCCUUCCUCUGGAAGAUUUGGGAGGGCGGUCGGCUGAAGCACCUGUGCGAUGACUUCCACAAGAUGGCCGUUUGCAAGGACAAGAGCAGGACCCACCUCCGCGUGCUGGUCAAGUACUUCUCCAGCGACUACAAGGAAACCCACUUCCGCUACUUCGCCAGCUACGUCUUUUGCGAGAUCCUCAACUUAAGCAUCAGUAUUCUAAACUUCGUUCUCUUGGACCUAUUUUUCGGCGGUUUCUGGGCCCGUUACUGGCAUGCCUUGGUAGCCCUUUCCGAUGGGGACCUUAAUCAUUGGAACAGUAUCACGAUGCAGGUCUUCCCCAAGUGUGCCAAGUGCGAAGUGUACAAGGGCGGCCCCAGCGGAUCGCCCACCAUAUACGACCACCUGUGCUUGCUACCCCUAAAUAUACUGAACGAGAAGAUAUUUGCCUUCCUGUGGAUGUGGUUCAUUCUGGUGGCUGUACUGGUCUCCCUGAAGUUCCUGUACCGCCUGACCACCGCCUUAUAUCCCGGUAUGCGACUGCAGUUGCUGCGUGCCAGGGCUCGUUUCAUGCCCAAGUUGCACCUGCAGGUGGCCCUGCGCAACUGCAGCUUUGGCGACUGGUUCGUGCUAAUGCGCGUGGGCAACAACAUCAGCCCGGAGAUGUUCCGCAAGUUGCUGGAGGAGCUGUACGAGGAGCAGUCCCUAUCGAAGAAAAUCCCGCCAGGAGCGGACGAAAUCUAAAAGAUCAACAUUGACACUUCACUAAUCUCAAGUUAGUCAACUGCAUUUUCUCUAUUUCUGAAUAACAUCUACAGUAGAAGACUAAGAUGACAUGUGACAACUAUAAAACAUUUUCAUUCCUAUUUACAUUUUCCAUCGAUAUGCACACAUUAUCGAACAUAUUGUUAACUAAUCUAAACCGAUUGCUAAGCGAAUUAUAGCAUUUUCAGUUGCUCACCACAUACUCAUAUUUUUUAUUACCAAAAAAGUUUUUGACCACAUUCAAUGGCUUAAUUUCCGUUAUCAACUGAGUACUUCCUUAAUGAAAAUUAGUAUGUUUUAAGAAUUUAUGUUACUCUCAUGCAACGAUUAAAGACCAACUGAUUGGUAAAUAACA